AUGGACUUCUUAGUAUGUAACAUCAUAGAGCGUGGGGAAGAUGAAGAUGUUGAGACAGAUGUUUGGUACAAUUAUUUGUGGAAUAGAACCAGGGCUAUUCGCAAUGACUUGAUGCAGCAGCAGUUAACAGAUGGCAAAGCAGUUGCUAUUAUUGAACGGUGUAUGAGAUUCCACAUUCAUGCUGCUGCCCGUUUCUGCCAGGAACCCCCUGAUCUCUUUGAUGCCAAGAUGAAUACUGAGCAUCUCACUAAAAGCUUGCAGACUCUGAAGGAGCUCUACCAGGACCUGGGAGAAAUUGGGGAGUAUUUUGAAACUGAGCCUGAGUUUCGUGCUUAUGAGUUGUUGUUAAAUCUGAAUGAAGGACAGACUUUCAUUACACAGUAUUCACAAUAUAGAGAAGAAGUACAAAAGUCCAAGGAAGUCCAAUUUGCUUAAAAAGUAGGAAUGGCUCUAAUGUUCAACAAUUAUGUAAAGUUCUUCAAGCUGAUGAAAAGUGCCACAUACCUACAAGCAUGUGUGAUGCACAGGUAUUUCAGGCAGGUACGUUUAAAAGCUUUGGACACACUUAUGAAAGCAUAUGUUCCUCCAAAACAAGUACAAACACUGCCCUUAGAAACUGUGAUAACAAUCCUGGGAUUUGAGAAUGAAGCAGAUGCUGAAAGCUACCUGCAGGUGUAUGGAAUCAAGGUAGCUGAUAAGAAUGUGAUUUUAGAUAGGAGCUUGUUUUCUAUACAUGUUGAGGAGCAACCACCAUUAGUGCGGCCAUUAAAAAUGGUUGAGAGCAACAGAACUAGCUCAGUGGGUGAAGUUAUUCAGGGUGGUCCCCUACCUGAAAAUCCACUGUUGACGCAUGUUCCUCAUGAUAGCUUUGACAGUCAAGGAUACUUGAAGAAAGAAGCAUACAAUGCUUCAGACCAACAAGUGGGAAAGCAAGUACCAGCAGUAGAGAUCAGAGAACCUCCAGUUCAACAAACUCAGCAGUGGACCACUUCAGAGUUAAUGGCAUGCAUGAAUGAUAUUUAUAUGACCACCUCAUCUAGUGUCAUAAAGGAAAUGCUUUUCAAGAUAACAAAGGAAGCAAAAGAGGAAUGUCAUCUUGAAUCCAUCAACAAAGUGGCUCAAAUAGCUGGAAAGGAAAUUUUAACGGAGUGUUUAAAAGAAGAAAUCCAUCUCAUAUGUGAGAGAGCGCUACAAGGAGUUCAAUACGAAGAAGAGGUGAGGCGGAGAAGACUUCUUGAAGAAGAAGAAAGGAAGCGUAAAGCCAUGCAGGAGCUCCUUGAGAAAGUGGCCAAGGUCUUGUGUGCUGAGUAUGUAGAAGAGUUUGUGGAAGAGUUUGUGAGAAAUUUGUGCACAAAAGCUGUACAAGAAGUAGAGAAGGAAACAUGGGAAGUAGUAAUUGCAGAGCUCAUUGUUGAAAUGCCACAGACAUUGUGCAGAGAAGUUAUGCUAAGUGAAGUGAAGAAACUUAGUGCAGAGGUUAUUACUGCAAUGAAGGAUGAACUUGAAGCCAAAAUUACUCGGCUACAACAAAAAAUUUCCAUGCGAAAGAUGCGAGACUCAUUCAAGAGGUGGAGGUGUCAGCAAAAUGAGCUGUUUGGAUGGGGCUAUCACAGGAGCAGGCAAGAAAACAUGUCUGCCUUCCAGGUGUCUAGUAAAGAAACCACAGUAGCCAAGAACAUAGAGCAGAUGACUCUUAGGAAUCACCUAAUUAGAGCAUGUGCUUGGCAUCACCUACCUCUGCAGCAAGAAAUGAAAAAGGUGGUUGAUGGAACCUUACAGCCCAUCAAUUUGAUAAAGCAGUACUUUAAGGUUUUAAUUUGUACUUUAGAGAACACAAACCCAAUCAUUGUGCAGUGGCUUAGAUCCAAGUUAAGAACAAUAGAUGACAGCAAUAUUCAAGAGUGUGUGAAUAGUUCUUUUAGUUUUAUUUCGAAGAACAGUGGUCUGGAGUAUGCAUGUUUGGUUAGUGAAGUCUCACUUAACAGUUUGUGCUCUGAUGAUAUAAAAGGAACUUCAGCUGUGAUAUUUUUGCUACCAUCACAAGCAAGAAAGCAAAAUGUAAAUAGUCAAGCCCUUAAUAUAUUGAAGAGUAUAUCUGAUGUGCCAAAGUUAACAAUACAGUUUGAUGAAGAACCUUGCAUUGACAAUACAGAAGGCAUUUUGGAUUCUCCAGUUUGGAAAUUGGCAGAGUGUGAUCUGUACUAUCUAGAAACUUCUCAGAAAUUGCUCUCUCACAUGCUUGAUCUUUGGAAUCAGCAAGAUGGACGGUUACAAGUGAAUAGAAGAUGGGAAGUCACCCCUUCCCCUAAAGCUUAUAUUGACCUGUACAAUGAAGCUGUGAAUCACCUUUUAUGUGUUGUUGAGGAUGAAGAACUGUUGAAACUUGAUUGGCCUGCUCCUGGUUUGAGUCAUCUAAAGCAAGUACCACCUAUGUCAUGGAAUAACUCUGAUGCUGAUAGGUUAAUAGCCAUACUCAGAAACCUAAAACUUCCCAAAUUAGAGUUGGCGGAUUAUAUGACUGUUGGUGCCAUAAAAGACUCAUUGCACAGGUAUGCAACCAAAAUCUGCACUCAAGAAAAUAGCAGUAUUGUCCUCAUGUCACACCUGAAUGUGCUUAUAAGUAAUUCCUUGUCCAUUUUGAUGCCACCUAAUGGUGAAGCAGAAGAGGAUCAUUUAGAUUGGAAAAUCCACAUUCUACAGUUGCCCUGGACAGAGCUCAUCUAUGCCUGCAUAUCCCACAAGUUAACUGGACUCCCUGACCUCACUGUAUACCACCAGCCUGACAAACUGAACGCCUUCAAAUACCCUCCCUCAUGGAAUGAGAACCUCCCACCCACAUCUAGGAAGAGAAAACAUGGGCAGGUGCCUGAGGAAAGGACAGGCCAGAAGAAAAAGCCCUCAAAGCUGCUUAUCGACAUUGAGAAGGAGAAGCGUAAGUAUGUGGAGUUUGAGAAGAGGCUUGAGGAUAUGUUUGAGAUUGAAGAAGAGUUGAGGAACUUACUGGAUAAAUCAUGA